UUCCUCGGACACAAAGUAACCCUGGCUCUGCUGCUGCCACCACUUCCCAAUCUCCAUCUUCAUACAACCCUCCAUCUCCUCACCAUUCCCCAUCACCUCGCCAUUCCCCAUCUCCUCACCAUUCCCCAUCUCCUCACCAUUCCCCAUCUCCUCACCAUUCCCCAUCUCCUCACCAUCCCCCAUCUCCUCGCCCUCGUACCCCUGUGUGCCCAUCCCCAUCUGACUUUUUCCUAGCUCCACCACCAGCUGUGAAAAGACCAGCCCCAGUUCUCCCCGUGCCAGUGCAUGUGGCUGAGAUGGACCCUCAGGACCCCCUUCAGCCACAGUCUUCUGGGGCACUCCCACUCUUGUGGCCAGAGACCCUCCCUGUGCAAGAUCACAAGUGGGUGUCUGCAGCUCUUUUUAAGGUUGGAGCAAGUGGAAAGCUGGAGCUGCGUGACUCCCUACAGCUUUGGUACAAUCCUCCACCACCAGCCCUGUUGUACCACCAGGCUCCCACCCCUGACCGUUUCUUCUCCCACCGUCUCUUCCUGUGGAUGCCAUAUAGGCUGUGGAAGGUGCGGUUUGUUUGUACCAACCCUAGCUGUACAAGACAUCCACUAGCUGGGGGUGGCUUGCACAGGAGAGUCAGGAAGGUGCUAGACAUAGACUGCUUCUAUGUCCUUGCUACAGAGACACUGAUCUGCAGCAAGUGCAGAAGCAGCUAUGUCUCUACUGGUCAAAACAUCCUCCAGCAACUUGACCUGGCCCACCGAUCCGAGUUCAGGGUCAUCCUUACACGCAAGUACGCCUGUGACAUACGUGUCAUUCGCCUCAUGCGUGAACGAACACUUGGAAAUGGGCCUGCACGAAUCGUCAGACAGCUGAAGGAAAACCACAGUGAGGAGUGGCUCCAGCAUGUAGGCAGAUACACCUCUGAGUGUGUUGCCUUCAUGUCCAACCCUAGCCUGCUGCCACACAAUUUCCAGGAGCCCCCACAGCCAGAAGUUAUCCCCAGCUACAAAUGGAUCCUGACUGUUUACAGCCACGAUAUCCUCAACAGGCUCGAGGAUAUCAAUGCUCAUAUCACCAGCACAUACGGAUCCAUUUUGAAGCUGGACUCAACUAAAAAGAUCACUAAGAAGCUGACAGGGCCUGCUAAAGGCACGGCACAAUGGCUGACGUCAGUGGGAAAUGAGGUGGGCCAGGUCCUCAUCAGCGUCCUGACGGCAAAUGAAGGUCCUGGAUUGGACCAGAUGGCUGCAGGCUUGAUACAGAGGUAUCAGAAGGCAGGUGUGGCUCCCCCCAUUGCUUUGUAUGUGGACUGUGGCUGCUGCAAAGAAGGGGGUGAGACAAAACUGAAGAUGCGCUUCAGUGGGUGGCCAGAUCUCAUUGUUCGCCUUGAUAUCUGGCACUUUAUGCGGCGGCUGGCAGUAGGCUGCACCACAGACGCCCAUCAACUGUAUCCCACUUUUAUGGCCCGCAUGUCAGCAUGCAUUUUUGAGUGGGAUGCAGGGGAUGUGGCUCUGCUACGAAGGGCCAAGAAGGAGCAGCUGAUGCAGCAGAACUGGCCUGCACUUUCUGAGAGGGAGCUGGACCGCCACAUAACCAAGGCAGAGCUGGCCUUGCACUGUAGGAGGAGGACCAGAGGAGAGGCAAAAACUAUUCUCCUCCUUGAUCAGCUUCUGUGGGAGCUCAUGAGUGACAAGGGGAAGGAUGCACUCGGUGUUCCCCUGUUUAACAUCCAGAGGAUGCAGCACAUCUGGAAAACCCAGAAGCGGCAUGUGACAUGCAUUCAGGAUCCCCAAGAUGUGUCACUUUACACCGAAACAGGAACUGUGUCGAAGGGAGGUGUCGAACUAAAAAAAUACAGAUGUGCGAGGGGCUCCACAUCCCUGGAAUCCUUCCAUUGCCACCUCGUACGAUUCGUUCCAGGAAACAGCGCCAAUGCUUUGAAUUUUCAAAUUUACCUCCUGGAUGGCCUGCACCGCUGGAACCAGAACCGUGCUGCUGAAGCUAUUGCAACUGAACCAUCUCCGCUGCAUAGUUACACAGGAGAGUUGGUUCAUUGCUUCAACAGCCAGUACGAGCAAGUGUUUGGCAGGAAACUGGAUCCUACCUUUGUGCCACCUGCUAAAUACACAGGGGAGCUGAUUGGUUUGCAGUAUUUGCUGCAGCAAAACAAUGAGCCACUGCAAAACAUGCAGAGCAGUUGCGUGGAGACCUCCGAGCAGCUGGAGGACCUGGAUGUGGAAGAGCAAGGGGAAGAUGAUGAGGGAUUCAUUGAGGAAGUGGGCCAAGAAGCCACUGUGGCAGAACUGGUGGUAUGCGAGGAGGUUCAGCCACCCAGUACCUCUCCUACCCCCAGCACUUCCUUGACAUCCACUCCUGAUCCACAUGCCCCUACCCAAGCUGUGGAUGCAAACAGCCUGCCUGGGAUGGAUAGAGUGGAUGCUCUUGCUGAGUACCUGGUGGAGCUCCGCCAUCAGACAGGUCUCACUCUGACCAAUCAGCAGGCCUACACCAUCGUCAGUCUGUGGCAGAAUCUCACAGAUUUUGAUAAGCAGCGGGUGGUGUAUGCAGCUCGACACCAAGAGAGGCUGUUGACUGGUCGCUUCAGAACCCCAAAACAGCAGUCGGGUUUUACCCCUGGAGUGGAUAGCACAAAGAGGUGUGUCAUUGGCUCAAAAGGCUCCCCUGCACAGUGGCCAAGCUGCUGCAGACUCAUUGAGACCAUCUUUGUCAGGCUUUGUGACAUCCAUAGAAGCCCCAAAAAGAAGGAGAAGGAAAGCCUGUCAAGAUGGUCUCUUAUCCUGCAGGACUACAGGAAAAUUAGGCAGCUGCUGCUUGGCAACGGAGUGGUGAUGGAGCAGACUACUCUUCAACCUGUUGAGACUGCAGCCCCUGUUUCCCGUUCAGCAUCACCAUCCCGAUCAGCUGCAUACAUAUGUGUUGCCAGCUAA